AUGGCUUUCAGCUUCGGCGCGUCCAACCCCGCCGGGGCAACUGCCUCUGCGGAGCUUGGUCCAGAGCUCCCCGAUGUUUUUACAGAUGAAAUCGGCUUCAAAGGCGUAUCUGGUGAUGCCAAUAUUCGAUUCCUCCCUACCGCCUGGCCGGACGACGCGCUUCCGGCUCCUACUUCGUCUCUUCUAGCUGUCGCGCAUACCAAAGGCCUCGUUGUUGGUGCCGGGCCCGAUGCGCUAGUAGUGGGCAAUACCGAAACCAUCCGCACUUCGAUUGAGGCACCGGCUGGAGAGGAAAUGGAAAAGACCAAGGCAUUCCAACCUCUGGCCACAAUACCACUUCCUUCUCGUCCUACUCAUGUGGCAUUUACUCCGGCUGACGACGGAUUGAUUCUGGCAACGGAAAAUGGCGCCUCUCUUUCCGUAUUCGACACAAAUACUCUGGCGCAAGGAAACGCGCAACCGGCAAUCUCAAUCCCAACAAACGGGGUUUCCCUUCGUGCUCUUGCGCCUAAUCCCGACCCAACCUCGACACUUGUUGCGCUUGUCACCGUAAAUGGUGACCUUUUGAUUGCCGACCUCAAAGCUGGCAACCUUCUUCCUGGCCCCAACGGCCCCGUCCUCAAGAAUGGCGUGAGCUGUGUGUCAUGGAGCAACAAAGGAAAGCAGCUAGUGGCUGGAUUGGCCGAUGGUACUGGAUACCAGAUGUCUCCAGAUGGAGCAAAGAAAGCUGAAAUCCCCAAACCUUCGGAUUUGGAGGGAGAUUGCCACGUCUCUUCCGUCGCAUGGCUCGAAAAUGACAUCUUUCUCAUGGCAUACACUCCCAACGCUUUGGAGGAUGAUAUGGGAAUGAACCCUCCUUCUUCUUACUACAUCAUCACCCGUCGCAAGCAGCAGCCAUUCCUGAUCCAAAAAUUGCCUGAAGUUUGUUCAACCAUGGGAUUUAUGCUGAAGCGCGCUCCUGCCUUCCAAUUCAUUACCCGACUCAGAGACUACAAGCCACACUUGAAAGAUGUAUUGAUUGUUUCGUCCACUGCGUCCACUGAUCUCGGGCUCAUCACACGAUCUGACCAAGCCCUAGCUAAUGACGAAAGAACGAAGCUUCACGUUGGCCAGUUCAUGACCACUGAAGUGAAUGAUGAUACAAAACGAGCUAGUGUCCCACUCAAGGAAUCCGGCGAUGAAACAUCAGUGAUUGGUCUGGUACCCAACCUGUCAUCCACAACGAACGUCAUUGCGCCGAUGCCUGGUUCUGAUAUUAUGGAGAGCUCAACGCCCCUGCCUGGCAUAUUCCUUUUGAACAAUGAGGGCAUCCUCACAUCCUGGUGGCUCAUUUAUGCCGAAUCUAUCCGCCAGAAUGUCCCAUACUCUGGGCUUGUUUCGUCCGGUCAGGCACCCCAGGCUCCAGUUGCAGCUAUCACCCCAGCCCCUGUGCCAGCCCCAGUCCCGACCACGGCCCCUACACAACAACCUGCAUUUGGGCAGUCGUCUUUCGGGGCCCCUUCAUUUGGGCAGUCUGGCUUUGGUGGCUCGCCUGCCAUGGGUGCCUCAACCAUGGCCCAUCUCCCCUCGGUGGAAACUCUUCACCGGCAUUUGGAAAACCAACCCCCCCCAGGCGCUGCAUUUGGAACCCCAUCUCAGCCGGGUGCCCCUUCAUUUGGUACCCCAAGCACUCCAGGGGCCCAGUUCGGAAAGUCCGGCUUCGGGACACCUGGGCCCGCAUUUGGAAAGUCCAGUACUCCGGCGAAUCCAUUUGGUGCUAACGGUACCCCGGCUUCCGGAGGAGGCUUUAGCUCCUUCUCGGGUGGAGGCGGUUUCGGAAGUUUUGCGUCAGCCAAGCCUAGCGAGUCAUCAUUUUCCACAAAGCCAACACGCGACGAUGCAUCAGCCACCGCGAAGCCGGCAGUUGAGUCACCAUUCGGCGCGAAACAACCAGCAGCCGAGUCGCCGUUCUCAAAACCCACCGGUGGUAGCACUUUCGGCCAAGGCUCGAACACGCCCUUUGGAGCUGGGUCGAAGAAGCCUGAAACCCUCUUCUCUGCUCCUGCGGGCAAAGCGCCGCAGAAUCCCUUUGGCUCAGGCGACUUUCAGCUCAAGUCCAGCUUCAAGGGUGAUGGAUCGGCUUCUAAUAUCGACACGAAGGCAGAAAAGUCCUCGGGAGGAGCAUUUUCAUUUGGAAGCUCCUUUGAUGACAUGGUAUCGACUCCACGCAAGGGGAGCGUGUCGCCUAGUGAGUCGAUGGAUGACACCGACGACGUGGCUCCCGUCGACAAGAGUACAUUCUCAAUUUUUGGCGGAGUGAAGAAACCAGACUCACAAACUCCUACCUCAAUGUUUAGCUCGAAGACUACAACUUCAGCCGAGAAAAAGACAUCUUUCUCCAUGUUUGGCAACGCUGGACAAGAACGACUGACUAGUCCUUUGUCAGCGCAAUCAGACAAGACGGAGACACCCAAGAAGAAUUUCUCUGCCUCUGGUACCGAUGCGGAAACGCCUUUGCCACCGGAUUCCACGAGCCGGGAUAGCUAUGCGGCUGGAGAUACAUCUGCUUCUUCCAAUGUCUCAAAGAGCUCUACUGACGAUGCUCCACUUCCUCCGGAUUUCAUCAAACCGAGCAAGCCUUCGGCUCAGCCUGCAAACGACGCCCCUCUACCCCCUGAUUUCCUUUCACGACCCAAGUCCGCACCCAAGACAGACGAUGCUCCUCUGCCCCCUGACUUCAUCACCAAAAAGAAGCCUGCUCCACCGACAGACGACGCUCCUCUCCCUCCAGACUUCAUGACCAAGCCCAAGAAGUCAGAUGCGCCGGCUGUUCCCGAAGAUGCACCGCUGCCCCCUGACUUCACCGCGAAGCCCAAAUCCAAGUUGUCAGAGGAGGCGGUUCCAAUUCCCGAUGACUCGGAAGGCUCUGAAGGCUCUGAAGGCUCCGGGGCAGAAUCAGACGUUGGGGAUGAGUCAGACUUCAACGACAGCGGAGAAGAAAUCACCCACGACGAAGCAAAGACUGCUAAGCCUAAACCAUCGGCAAACAGUUCAUUUGGUGGACUUUCCGAUAAAAGCUCCACGGGAGGGUUCUUCAGCGGCCCUUCUAAGCCUGCUGAGGAUAAAGGUCGUCUUCCGCGACAGCUGUUCGGAGAGGUUCCCAAGCAACCACUGCUCCCUCCCCCUGGCCCUGUCGCACAAAACAAUCGCGAACCUUACCGCUCACCGAGCCCUGUUCGUCAAGGUGGAUUGAAGAAGAACGUCUUGUUUUCUCCAGAGCCUCACAGUCGCAAAGGAUCCACAAGUGCCUUGCACUCUCGUAAAGAAUCUCUGACUCACCUUGCAGAGCGUGAUGGGCGUUUGAAGAAGGCCAGCGAUAUCGCUCGGGAGCAACAAGAAGCACAAGAGCGGGCUCAUGCUGCGGCCCAGGCACAGGAAGACGAUGUGCUGUCUUUGUCAGACGAUGACGAGGACGACAGACUGCGUGAUGACUUAACCCAGCCUAUUGAGCCGGUUGAUACACUGGAUCCAUUCUUGCCUCACCAAAAUUAUAUGAGCGAGACCACGAAGCCAGGAAUCGCAGGUCAGGUUGAACGACUCUAUCGUGAUAUCAACUCAAUGGUCGACACUUUGGGAAUCAAUGCUAGAUCACUGGCUGGGUUCCUUAUGCACCAGCAACCGAAGGAAGAAUCCAAUGUCGAUGAAUGGGUCAUGGUCCUGAACGGUGACCAACCAGCCGAUAUCCUUGAUACCAAAAUGACUUUCAAGGAUAUUGAGAGAUUUGAAGAGAUCAUCGCAUCUGUUGAAAAAACACUGAAUGACCAACGCGUGCAAGGUGUAGAUGAGAAACUGAGUGCCUGUCGUGACCUGCUCACCAAGCAAAUUGUCACACUGCUCUCUCAAUUUGCCAGCAUCCGCAAAAUUCUGGACGCGCACACCGAUCGCGUUGCUAUUCUUCAAGCUCCCCUCUCUGCUGAGCAGGGCGCACUCCAGCACGACCUCCGCACAACUUUCACCAACCUCCAAGCUCAGACAGUUGAUCUUGAGCAAGCAGUCUCCUUGCUCCGUGCCAAACUCGCCGAUGUUUCCCAGGUCAAGGGUACAAACCGUAACCGGCCAACCGUUGAGGCUGUCACGAAGACUAUCGCAACCAUGAUGAGCAUGGUCGAAGGAAAGCGCACCGACAUUGAUGUCCUUGAAGCCCAGAUGCGCAGGCUGGGUGUGGAUGUUUCAGUCGCCGGCUCCUCCAGCCGCGAGGGCUCACCCUUCAACACUCCCCCGCAAGGUAGCUCUUAUCAUACCCCUGAGUCUGGCUCCCGUGGUAUCAACUUCCGCGCUAGUGUCAAUGGCUCUGUGCGAAAGAGUCGCCUCCGCAGCGUGGAGGGCGCAGAAGAGCUCGAGUUCCCACAGGAAGAUACAAUUGCUUACAAGACGAAAAAGUCCCGUCGUCAGCAGUUGAACUCCAACCUGAAGCAGGCAUUUGAAGACAAGCAGGCAAAGGUGCGCAGUGUGGAUGAUUGGUAA